CGAAGAUGGCGGGCCGGGCCCAGGAUGCUGCCAUCGGUCAUCGUAUCCUGACGCCAUCGUCAUCGUCAUCGUCAGGAUAUGCUGCUGAUAGCUCUCCUCAGCAGCAUCAGCGGCGCGAGCGUGGUCUGGAGUGAGGCUGGGACCGCAGUCGGCCAGCCCGUCAGCGUCCUGCAGACCGACUCGCACCGGCUGCUGCUCAUCGGCCGCGUUGUCGUCGGCGCAGAGUACCGGAUGGAAUGGGCGAGGGACCAGGCCGUCUUCUCCGGUAUGGCGCUGAUGCAGUCGGUCGGGUUCCUCACCGAGCCCGUCCCGCGGAGAGUGCUUGCGCUCGGGCUCGGCUCCGGCACUGCGCCUGCGUUCCUGCGCGCCCGCGGCAUCGCGACGGACGUGGUCGAGAUCGAGCCGAAGGUCAUCGCCGCGGCGGAGGCCCACUUCCUCUUUGGCGAGCACCGUGCUCCGGGCAGCACGCUCUGCGCGGACGCCGUCGCUUACAUGCGAAACGCGACGGGCGGUGCGCCCGCCUCGGCCUCGCUGCUGUACGAUGCCAUCCUGAGCGACCUCUUCGACGGCGACAACCCGAUGGGGCUCCUCGACGCGGACCAGCUGCGCGCCCUGAAGGCGGGCUGGCUGCAGCCGGAGACCGGAGUCCUCGCGCUCAACAUCGUCGCCUUCCGCACCGGCCCGCACGCGCGGCUGGCGAGGGCCGUCGCCGCGACGCUCCGCUCCGUCUUCCGGCACGUCGUCGUGUACGCAGACCACGACCCGCGCGCCGCCGACGGCGACAGCAGCCUGCCCGGCAACCUGCUCUUCCUCGCGUCCGACACGGCGGUCGCGAAGCGGCUGGCGACGCCGCCGGACGAGGGCGACCCGCCAGAGUCGAGCUUCUACCUGCACGCACACUUCAAGGGCUGGGCGCCGCCCGAGCUCGCAGCUGCCGCCGACGGCGAGGAGGGAGACGUUCUCGCCGCGGGCAGCGGAGGAGGCGGAGAGCCGCCGGCGUGGCUGCGUGAGGCGGCGGCCGCCGUCCGCGCAGCGGUGCCGGAGAUGCAGCGCGACGCGCUGCCGGCGGAGGGGUGGCAGGUGGUCGAGCGGCUCGUGGCGGAGCGCUCCGGCGGCACGGCGACGGCCAAGGAGGAGCUCCGAUGA